CACACAAUAAUCACAUAAAAUAAAAUACAGAACAGCCAGAACAUCGAGUUAGGAUUUCCACUUAGAUAUUAACCAUACAAAGUUACAUUCUUCUUCGUUAAGCGACCAGAUGAUGUUCCGUUUAAAAAUCUUUCGCAUGAUGGGCGGAGCGGCGACAAUUGCGCCUUGCCUGGAGUUGGAUCGGAGCAGAUCCUGCUGGAUUUUGAGGCGGUGGGUCAGUCAAUACCAGUUCAGGACCACCAAACAGGCCUACUAUCCGGAUCGCCAGCGGGAGGCGAAGCGACCGGCGGCGGGAACGGCGCCACAACAGGUCACCUCGCCGGCUGUAAAGUCUUCGCAGGGACGCGGCAUGCCCAAGGAUUACUACUACAAGGUUUUAGGUGUCAAUCGGCACGCCUCCAUCCAGCAAAUCCGCUCCGCCUUCUAUGCCCUGGCCAAGCGCUAUCAUCCCGACUCGACGCACUCGGAGCAGAAGCUGAAGCACUUCCAGGAGCUGUCCAACGCGUACAACAUCCUCACCGACGAGACGAAGCGUUUGGAGUACGACCAGCUGGGUGGGAUUAAGGAUGAGCGAGCCUUCCUGGAGCAGGCGGGCAAUCCCAUGAAUGUGGACCUCGAGGAGGCCAAGAAGUUUGACUCGGAGAAGUCAACAAGUGAUGAGAUUAGCAAACUCAAGAGCAACGAGUUCGAGCUGCCGCUGGACUUCAUGGAGGCCACCGUGGGCUGCAAGAAGCGGCUGGAGCUGCGCUACCUGCGCAAGUGCGAGACCUGCAAGGGCAAGUCGCAGCUGAUGGCGCACCGGGAUGUGGGCAAGGAGCCGUGCCGGCGCUGCAAUGGCACCGGCAAGGUGACCACCAAGACGGCCACCUUCUCUGCGGUGAACACGUGCACGCAGUGCAAGGGAAAGCGUUUUACGAAUCGCAAUGACUGCGAAACCUGUGCGAAUCGCGGCUUUGUGGUUUCCAGCGUGGAUGUGAUGGUGGCGGUGCCAUCGGGAUCGCGGGAUGGGGAUGUGGUGAGCCUGGUGAAUCCGGCCAACAAGCAGCAGGUCACCUACCGCCUCACGGUGCCCGGUAGCGAGUAUUUCCGGCGCGUGGGCAAUGAUAUCUUUACGGAUAAGCAUUUGAACAUCUCCGAAGCGAUCCUAGGUGGAACCUUCCAGGUGCGCGGCUUGUACGAGAGCGUGGAGCUGCGCGUGGAGCCGGGCACCCAGUCGCACACCCAGGUGCUGCUCAAGGGCAAGGGCGUUCGCUGCAAGGAGGGCGUGGGCCACCACAUCGUCACGUUGAAGGUGCGGAUUCCGAGGAAUCUCUCCGUAAAGCAGCGCCAACUGGUCUUGGCUUUGUCCCAGGCGGAGGAUCCGGUCUUUGAGCCGAAGACUAAGACUAUAGGCAAGGAGCCCGGCAACUUGAGUCCCUAAAAUUCUCUAUGUGCAGACUUAAUUCCGUUUAUAAUUAUAAUAUAAUCUCCUCAGACACA